AUGUCUCAAGCACCAACAAAUCCAUACCAACCUUAUGCUGCAGCUCACAAGGACACAAAGGGUCCAGGAGAUUCUCGACCAACGGCCCUUCAAAUUAUCAAAGACAAUGAGGCCGCCGGCAAGCUGAAAGGGAAGACCAUCCUCGUCACUGGCUGCUCUUCCGGCAUCGGAAUCGAAACUGCUCGAGCUCUUUAUGAAACAGGAGCACAGUUGUUCCUCACGGCUCGGGAUAUUCCCAAGCUCAAUGGAAUCAUCGACGACAUUGUUACCAAGGCCACCAUUAAAGAUGCUCCUCGACCAGAAGUGUUAGAACUCCACCUCGACUCCCUUGAGAGCGUUCGCAAGGGCGCUGAGGAAUUCAAGAAGCGGUCUUCUCAGUUGAACAUCCUCAUCUGCAAUGCAGCAGUGUCAGUAUACUCUCCAGUAGGCGUCUAUUGCAUCGACACUAACUUCUCUCGCAGCAUGGCUUGCCCUUACUCCACGACCAAGGAUGGCUUCGAGCUGCAAAUCGGAACAAACCACUUCGCACAUUUCCUCCUCUUCCAACUCCUCAAACCCCUGCUCCUUGAGUCCGCUCAGCAAUCAGGUAUGAGCUCCCGAGUCAUCGCCGUCUCGUCAGCCGGCCACAGGAUGAGCCCAGUCUUACUAGACGACAUCAACUUCUCCAACGGCGCAACCUACCAAAAAUGGAAAUCAUACGGACAGUCAAAGACAGCAAAUAUCUACAUGGCUUCCUCCAUUGAACGCCACUACGGCAAUCAGAAUCUCCAUGCCCUCUCUUUACAUCCAGGAGUCAUCAAGACGGAUCUGUCGCGCCAUUUGGUGCCUGAAGAUUUGCAGGGCAUGAACCUUGACCAGAUUCGACAUCUCUACAAGAACCCAGAGCAAGGAGCUGCAACGACUGUCUGGGCGGCUACCUCGCCACAUUUUGAGGCUGCAAAUGGAGGGAGAUAUCUUGCGGAAUGUGGUGAAUGCGGGCCGGUGGCCAAGGAUAGCGCUAUGGGUGCUGAUGGCUAUGCGGAGCAUGUUUACAACCCUGAGGCGGAGGAGAAGCUGUGGAAGCUGAGCUACGAGGCCGUUGGGUUGCCUGUGGAAGACUAG